AUGGGUAAAUGGAAACGCAUUGACAUGUUUGGUGAGGAGUUCGAUACUGGGUCCAACAACAGCGACUCAUCAUCUUCGGAUGACGAACUCAUCCUCCCCAAAUAUGAUUAUAUGGCAGAUAUCACUCYGACUYGUUUUCCUCCGACUCCGGAGACAUGGGAACCCUCACCUAUUGGCAUUCCGACCAUAUGUUACUGUGUAAAACCAGAUGUGCUUAAGACUCAAACAAUUGGGUUAUUGACUGGUAAAAAAUUCUACUCUUGUUCUGGUGAUAUUCGUGAUGGAGAUUGCCACAUUUACAAGGAGUUGGCUGUUGCAAUCUUGGAGGAGAUUACUUUAACCAAAACCAAAUUGGGAGAAAUAGAUCGCUUUUUGCAAGAGCAGAAGAAGUUUGAAGAGAUGGUCAACUUUUGCAAGGAUUUGAUGAUGGCUUGCAGACUUCAUGCAAAGGUAGAGGAUUUUAUGAUGGAGUUGGAGAGUUGA